CAGCAUGUGGCCGCUACUACUCCCAACAGCUCUGCUGCUCAUAGUUUCCUCUGGCAUUCGAGCUGGUCUCCGGAAGGCUGUGGUGACCCUACACCCUGAAUGGGUGAGGGUGCUUGAGGAAGACAGUGUGACCCUCAGGUGCCAGGGCACCUAUGCACCUGGGGACAAUUCUACCAAGUGGUUCCAUAAUGGGAGUCUCACCUCACAACAAGAUACCAACUAUGUCAUUGGAUCUGCCAAAGUUAAGGACAGUGGAGAGUAUAAGUGCCAGACAGCCCUCUCCACCGCCAGUGACCCAGUGAACCUAGAAGUCCAUAUAGGCUGGCUGUUGCUUCAGACCACUCAACGGCCUGUGUUCCAGGAGGGGGACCCCAUUCGGCUGAAAUGCCACAGCUGGAGAAACAAAACUGUAUAUAAGGUCACCUAUUUACAGAACGGCAAAGGCAAGAAGUAUUUCCACAAGAAUUCUGAACUCUACAUUCCAAACGCUACACAGAAUCACAGUGGCUCCUACUUCUGCAGAGGGCUCAUUGGACAAAACAACAAGUCUUCAGAGACCUUGAGAAUCAUUGUGGGAGUUCUCCCACCUGAUCUGACACCUCCAUCAAAUAACUUUCCACCGUGGCAUCAAAUCACUUUCUGCCUGCUGAUAGGACUCUUGUUUACGAUAGACACGGUGCUGUAUUUCUCUGUGCAGAGGGGCCUUCGAAGGUCAACGGCAGACUAUGAGGAACCCGACUUGCACUGGAGCAAGGAACCUGAGGACAAGACCAUCUCAGAGGAAAAGCAAAGCUUCAGAUCUUCAAGAGUCAACAGUGAAACACCCUCGGGAGGCAGCCGCCCUCCGGAGAAGUGAUGCCUCAGAGUUUGAUGCUUUCCCUGUCCCCAACAUUCCCUCAUUGCAAAGCAGCAGCCUGGGUUCUGGGUGGUGGUCCUUUCUGUGCUUAACAGCUGUUCCUAAAUAAACUUCUG